GUCCACGCGCACGCGGUCUUUCGAAACGAUAUUUUUAGAGAAGUGAGUCGCUGGCCGCAAGCAGCGACGGUAGUCAAGUGUCGUCGUUGACCCUAAGGAAAUCGAACCCUAUGAACCACGAUUCCACGGAUGACCACCGGAUACUUUUCUCCAAUCAUUACCGAGCAAAGUGAACAAAUUUCAAAUCACGACACGUACGAGAAGAUUAACGAUUUCAGUGAAAUAAGUGCAACAUGGGUGCGGCUGGCAGUAGUAACAGAGCACCGUCCCCGUCGGCACUUUUGAGGGGACGUAACGAGGAGGCGUUUGUCUACGGUACAGAGGAAUCCUGGUGUCCGGAAUACGCGAACGAAAAUAUACGACAAAGGACGAGGGCCAACGCGUUCGACGUGGGUGAAGAACCUCGAUCUCAGGGUCCGAGUCCUUACGCGACCUUCAGAGACGAAGAGUCAUGGUGGAGUCAAAGACCAUCGGCUCCGAGUUUGUCGAACUUGCGAACUCCUCGGCGAGAAACAUUGUUGACGUACGCAGCGCAGAUGACAGGUUGGCAGACGGCCGAGGGGCACGGCCCUUCGUUCUCUCAUCACCAAGAAACCAUGGAGCUGUGGAAAAUGAUCUCGCAUCUCUCAAAGGCCAAUCAACAAUUGGUCUCCGCGCAUACUGCGACUUUGGCCAAUUUGGAGGCAUUAUAUGUCGAGUUAGCGAGGGAAAAGAAACUCAGAAGAUGGGCAGCCACUUCGUCUGACACGAUGGACGAAGCUUUGAAGAAAAGACUGGCGAUGGAACAGGAGAGGAUUGACGAAGAUGAGGAGGAAAGGAGAAGGAUGGAGGACAGAAUCGAGAGAUUGGAGAAUCUUUUGGCGGAUGGUUGGAACACUUAUCAAUGUAGGCCGAGAGAUGUUCGUCAGGAAAAAGAUAGGAAGCUGAGAUCGAGAGUAGAGAGGCUAGAGGCGAUGGUGAAGAAUUCUCGAGAACUCGACAAGGAAGGCGAACGACAAAAAUUUACGGCGAAUAUUUGUGAUUCAACGAGGAAUCAAGACUUACACUGUCGACGGAUAAUCGAUGAUCUUUGUAAUAAGCUUCCAAAUAGUAGUGUUGAAGUAGUACCUGAACACGAGUUUAAAAUGCAAAUCACGACCGACGAGGCUCGAACGAAAAGCAUUUCUAGAGUAAAUGCUGGACACGUUGAUGAGCAAUUCGAAAGAUCGAGGUCUAAAGACGAAACGGAUUGUUUGAUGAAGCGUUUGCAUUUAGAAGAGCAAGAACGUAGAAUAAGUGAUGAAGAGGAACGGAGUUUCGAUAGGAAGGAAGUGAUUAGAUUGUUAGAGGAAGUCGAAAAUCUGAAGGCCGAGCGAUUGGAGUAUCAGGAUGAAAAUGAAAGAUUGGCGAAAGACUUGGCUGAGCAGAGGGCGAUAGUGAGGAAGUUAACGAAAGAUUAUGAAGAAUCAAAGGCACGACAGGAACAAAUAGAAUUUAGUUUUCAAAAGCAUAGGGAGGAAUACGAUAAACUGAAGACAAAAUUUGACAUUGCUACGAAGGAAACAGAAAGACUGUUGAAAGAAAUCGAUGAGUUCAAUGUGUUAAAGAACACUGCCGAAGCGAGGAUCUCUAGUCUCGAAGAAGAUCUGCAAAAUUCGUUGUUGGAGAAGGAGGAAAUCAUAAAUAUCGAGAGCCAGAAGACUUUAAAAUUAAAAGCGCAGCUAUCAGAAGAAGUCUCUGAUAAGAAGAAGCAGAUAAAGGCUCUUGAAGACGCUUUGGACAAGAUUCAAAGACUGAAGGAGACUAUCAAGACUGAAAGAAAGGACGUGGAUGAUGACCUAAAAGAAGAUAUUAGUCCAAUAGAAUCAAUAGAUGAUCCACAAGAAAGCCCCCCUACUGAUCGCGCAAUGAACAUCGAAGAAUUCAAAAAAGAAUUAACCUUGAAGAGGGAAGCCAGACAAAGAGCAAUAGCUGCAGUUUCAUCAGAAAUGGAGCGACUCAGACGAGAAUUAGACGCGGAGAAAGAAGCUCAUUCGGAGACCUCGAGAAUGUUGGAUCUUCUGAGAUCUGCUCAGAACGAUGCACAAGCUCAAACGAGCGUGGUAAAUAAUACUUUGAAAAGGUGUACAGAUAUUGAUCAGAAACAAGACGAGCGUGAUUUGGCUAUGCAACGUUUGGAGGCUCAACGUUUAUUUAACAUUUUGAAGAUAUCCGACGAGCUGAGGAGCGACAUCCGCAUUCAAAUAGACAAAGCAGAUGAUCUUCGCUACCAACUGGAAACGGAAUCCGAUCAGCAUCGGUAUCGCAUCCGUUGUUUGUCAGACUUAACCAACCGAACGCGAGAAGCCGUUUACCUCAGGGAACGUCGUGCCAACGAGCUGAAGGACCACCUAGCGCAGAUUCUUCUCCAACUCGGAGACAGAAGCUUCUUGGAGUUGAAGGACGACGUUGGUUUGGAGUGCGAACGUCAGCUAGAGAAUAUCAAUAGCUUGAAGAGUCUCUACAACGAAAGGCUGAAAGUGCUGAACGAACUGAAGGAAACGGCCAUCAGAGAGCUCGCGGAGACCAGGGUGAGAUUAGAUCACUCGAUGAAACAAUGCGAGUGUCUGGAGGAGGACUUAAAGAAGGCUGACGAGAAGAUUGAUGCACAAGAUACUGAGAUAACAAAUUUGGAAUCCCAAUUGGGUCUCACUAAGGCGGAUUGUAGGGAUCUACAGAAUCAGAUGUCAUUAAUUAAUAGCUUGUUCACGCAAAUGCUAUUAGGUGCCACCUCUGCUGACAUGGAUCUUGAUCGAUUGACUCAGUUACUUCAGGAGAAUCACGAUCUGAUAUGCGACAUGGCAAGAGAGGAAGGCACCGAGGCUGCAGCACUUCCAAAACUUCUUCUCGACUUAAUCGAACAAGUUGAGGGCAGUAAAGCAUCUGAGAAACGUGCUGACGGUGAAAACAGAAUUGAAAGUGAAGUAGAGAAGAAAGAAGAUGAUUUGCAGCAAGAAGACAUAGCUCAUAAUCUACCCAAAGUAUGGCGUGUUCUGUUGGAAUUGUUGAGUUGUCACGCAGAAGGUACUUCAUCCGCUUCCGCGGCAUCUUCCUCGGACCCCAACAUUUGUUAUAAGUCUGUCGAUACUCCGACUGGUCCCAGAUUGGUGAUUUCAGUCAGCAAAACGUAUAUUCGUCUGAAGGAAUUGAUAUUAGAGAAGAAACAUUUGGAGAAGGAGAUGAACCGAAUGAAACAGUUGAACGUCCAUUUGGAAUGUAAACUCGGAGAGCAGGAAAAAAGAUUAUCAGCAGUGUCAGCGGAAUUGAGCAAAACUUGGACGAUAGUCGAUCGAAUGCAGGUCCAACACCAUCAACUUCACACACAUGAGAAAAUUUUGAGAUACGAAUUGCAGCAAAAGCGCAAAAUGUUGCAAGAGUUGAAACAGGAAUUGGAAUACUGUCGCGAGAAAUGGGAAUCGGCUAGACAAAAAAACACAAAUACAGAGUUGGAAUGGAGAAGCUUGAGGCGAGAGUUUGCUGCUAGGAAAGCUUUGGUUUCUCAUGAUUCUUUCAACAACAGUGCGGAAAGUGGAUUCAGUGAUGAACGAGGAGAUGAUACCGACGAAGAGGACAACGCAGUGGAAGGAAGAAUUAGGCUAGGUCCACGCAGAAGACCGCGAAAGGAGAGUCCUCGAGCACCAACGCCAGAUACAGAAUCAGAGCAACCAACAGAUACGGAACUAUCCGAGCCGAAGACAGGUUCCUCGACAACGUUAGAACAGCGAACACCUACUCCAGAAACGGAAACAGAGUUAGAUGACAACGAAGCAGAUGCAAAUUUAAACAUUGAAUCUACAAACACAACAGAAUCACCACAGUUGAUGUCGGAAAGUCCACAGGAACCGUUAAAUCCUCUGGAUCAAGCUUUAACAAACGUCAUCCAGGAUCUCAUAGGAAUAGAAAGCAUAACCUCGGCAAACUUUGUGAAUCCAAAUGAUGAAAAUAUGGUGAAAGACCAAGAAGGUCGUUCAGAAGAAUUAGACAUCAAGGGGCCAACUAUAGAAUCUUGGUCUACGUCAUCUUCAGAAACCAUUGCCAAAGAUGAUCUUAUCGAUACCUCGUUAGAUAAUCAGCCAUUGAUAGCAAUUGAUGCUCGAAAUCCAACGAAUACGGAUGGUGAGAAAACAAAGAACGAAGAAUCCCUGAUAUCGUCCUAUGUAACCAAUGUGACUAGUCCAGCUAGUAUGCAGCCUGUCUUCUCUAUCGGGCCCUUUCCUUCCAACGUGCCACCUUCGAUUGUGAAAAACGUUCAAUUUAGCGAUCCACUGAUCGUCGGUCCAUCUAAUCCAUUUUUUUCUCCAGUUUUUGGCUCGUCUUUGACAAACGUACGAGUAUCAUCGUCUUUCAAUUCGUCAGCGAGCGAAGAGAUGGAAGUCAAGGAAAAGCGAGACGCUAAGUCAUUAGAUAACAUCGUUGACUCGGAUAACGUGUCAAUAGAUUCAUCAUCGAGUUUGGAAACGGUCAAAGAGUUCUCCACUGCAGGCGAAUCUGGUUCCUCGUGUUUGUUGAAAGGUGAAACUGAUAAACGAGUCGCCAGUUUGGAGACUGGUAGGUUAGUGAAACAGGAGGAGAAGAAAGUUGUUGGUGGAAAGAAUAGAACACCGGAGGAGGUUUUAUCAGCUAGGGAGGAUAGGUUAAAAAGAUUGGAGGAACAGGCUAAAUGGUUAAUGAACAAGAUGAAUGCUACCAAUAGGAGAGGAUCUGCAUUGAGCACUAGACUUGAAGAGCUUCACGAAGUCUAUGGAGAACCACCAGUACCUCCUCCUAUGCCUGAUGUUUUGCCUAGUAGAAGAUUAAGGACCACAUUGUCAGAUCUACCUCGUCAGGUACCUGAAUCAUCGACCACUGAGGAUACUAAAAAUACCGAGAAACCCGUCUCGAGUAGCGAUUCUAACGAACCAUCAUCCGAUAACGCGCCUUGAGACGCCUACACUUUUUUAAUUACACGAUUACGCCGCGUUUAUUUCCGUCGAACACGGAAACGUGAAAAACACGUUCCUCGCUCGUGUUUCGUCUCGAGAAACGUGUUAGCUCCCAAAGAGGAAUUAUAUAAUUUGAGAUGACACGAUCAAUUUCUCAAAUUUUCAUCCUCAGAAAUAAUUCAGAAAAAAUAGAUUAAGAAUAAUCGAUUUAUUUCUUAAACUGAAAUUAAAAAAAAAACGUAUGAAUUAAAUGUGUUGUCUCUAAUAUAAUCAAAUUAUUAAAUUUUUGUAAUUUUAAGAAAGACUUUGAAACAUAUCAUUGAUUCAAAGCUAUCGAAUAUUUCUAUUAAAUAUUCUUUUUUUUUUGUUUUUAUUUUUUUCAAGCACGAAUCUUUUUUUCUUAAUGUGCCGUCAUUUUAUGAUGUAAUGUCUCAUUGUUCCUAACCGAGAAUUUGUAUGUGAUCAUUUUCGAAUCCGUUCCUGUUUUGUACCUUAUACGAAUUGUACCUACUAAUUUCGCUGUAUAAAUAAAGAAUUUAUCAAAAAAAACCAACAAUUAAACGUAUGCAAUCAACUAUAAAGAGCAGGUAAGAGUUUCAAAAGAAUUCGAAUGAGACGAGAAUAUAUCGUUGAUGGGAUCGAUAUGAUUUAUUUUAAAAUAAUUAACAAUUUUCAGGGUCUAAAACUUAUUCUUUCCAUUCGCAUAUUUGAAUCACUACGCUAUAUGUAUAUGAUAGAUAUGUAUAAUAUUCACAAUACUCCUCGCACUUCGUAGAUAUAAUAAAAUUCGUACAAAAUCGUUUGUAUAACAGAAAAAAAAAAGGAAAUU